AUGGAGAACGAAGUCCACACUCUCAUGGAGUCUAUGUCCCAGAGAGGCUUAUUGGCCAGGACCUACCAGAAGUCGGAGCUGGCUGUUGCACGAGAGCGGUCUAAGGAGCCUCACUUCAGGUGCGAAGUGCUCCGUGUCAAGCUGUGCAUGGAAGCCGAAGGCUGGCGCUUAGCAGCCACACGACCUCGCAUUGGGGGGUGUGAGACUCUCAUGGAAACCUUGGGAGAUGCGGUUGAGGCGCUUGACACGAUCGCAAACCUUGAGAACUCCUACAAGCCCAAGGUUGCAAUCAUCAAGGCUUGCUUGGAUCUUCAUUUGAAAGACUUUGAUGAUGAGAAGGCAGCCGAGCAUGUGCGCCACCUCCAAGGCUCCAGCUACAUCUUUGACGAGCAAUCUAAGUACGAUCCAGCAGGCAGCAGCAUUGCGGGGGGCUACGACCCUUGGGUCGUUUUGGAGCAGCGUCAGCGCAAGGUGGAAUCACAGAGGCUGAAGGCAUUGUUUGCAAGCCUGAGCAUCUACAAGGCCCUGCUCUUGAACUGCUUGCCGAAAGGUGCAGAGGUCUCAGUGCCCACAGACCUCAAGACCUUCCAACAGCUGGAGGCCAAGCGUUCCCUGACAGACCUACACGGAGAUUGUGAGAAAGUACCUCUUCCAUACUACAGCAAGGUGGUCUCAGAGAUGGAGAAGCUCAAGCAGAAUCGGCCAGAGCAUUGGAAGGACCUUUUCCUGGUGACCUUGGCCUUGGUUCGAUCUGCCAUUUCAGCUGCAGAAUCCUCUGACAGGCACCUGUUGCGCUCGGUGCUGAUCACCAGAGCCCUGAGGGAAGGCUGCCUGUGCAUGGCCAAGGCCGGCAUGAGCUCCCGGAAAGGUCGUUGGGACUUUGCAUCCUCAAGGCCUCACGUAGACAUGCGCAUCUUCAGCCUCUUCAUGCGGUUUUGUGAGAGGUUGGAGAGCCUUUCGAAGGAUGAAAACACACAUAAGGAGCUUGAAAAGCUGCACGACAGCGUGAUCUUUGCUGCCCUUCGAUUGCGAAACUAUGCGCUUGACAAAGCCGGCUACGGAGGCACCCAACAAGCUCGAAAGCCACGCUUUUUCGAAGCCAAGGCUUUCCAUGAUAGCUUUAGGGACGCUGACCUGCAGACCUUGAGCGCGAAAGUGCGGAUCGAGGCCAACGAGGAGCUCUAG